GUGUGCAUGAUGAGCGGCGGGGGCGGGCCCGGGGACGGAGAAGGGGUUGGCGGGGUGGGCCACAUCAAGCAGGAAGAUGGAGGCUACGGCGUGACGCCCACCAGCACCCACCACCACCCACGGGCACGCCAACCCUCCUGUUCGUCGCCCAACACCACGGCAGUGUAUUCACCCUCCACGACGGGCAUCACCUCCGAGCUGGACUACAGCGAGUGUGGAGAUGAGGCCCAGCCAUCACCCAAACACAUGAAGCUGUUCACAGACUCUCCCCCUAGCCCGGACCGCCAGUUUUGCUCGUCAACGACGUCUAUGGCCAGUGACUCUGCGCAUACACCGUCUGAGAGUUUACGAGAGGACGACGCCCCUAAGCGCCUGUGUCUUGUGUGCGGCGACAUUGCUUCAGGGUUCCACUAUGGCGUUGCUUCCUGCGAGGCGUGUAAAGCCUUCUUUAAACGUACUAUCCAGGGAAACAUCGAAUAUACUUGUCCUGCUGCCAAUGACUGUGAAAUUAACAAGCGGAGACGAAAAGCCUGCCAGGCAUGUCGCUUUCAUAAGUGUCUACGAGUCGGUAUGCUAAAGGAGGGUGUCAGGUUAGACCGAGUUAGAGGCGGGAGGCAGAAAUAUAGGAGAACUUCUGAUUCCCCGUUUUCAAUGCAUCAGAUGCCUGUUAAAAAGGCUUCAUUAGAAGAUAUUAAAUUACUGGCUUCCCUGCGUGCAUGUGAGCCUGAAUCACUCCUGGCAUUACCAGACCUAACUGUGUUCGACCCUGAUUAUCUCACGAUAUCCAUCCUUGCUGACCUCUAUGACAGGGAGCUGGUCUCCACUAUAGGCUGGGCUAAGCAAAUUCCAGGGUUCACAGAAUUAGCUCUGAACGAUCAGAUGCGGUUGCUACAAAGUACUUGGGGAGAAAUCCUAACUUUGGGACUAGCCUAUCGAUCAAUGCCAGCCCACGCCCACACGCUCUUGUUUGCCCAUGACUUCACCCUUGAUGAGAAGCAAGCAAGGGAGUGCAACGCCACUGAGCUCUUUACGCAGGUGCUUGGUGUAGUAGAACGGCUUGAGCAGUGUAAUAUCAACAGAGAAGAAUUCCUGUUGUUGAAAGCCCUGGUUCUUACCAACUCUGAUGUGCGUCUGCAAGAUAACCAGGCCUUGCAUCGUCUAAGACAAAAUAUUCUCCAAGCUCUGCAUGAUGCUGUUGCAACCCUUAGACUGCGCGAUGCUGUAGCACAGAUGCAGUCGCUACUCCUUUGCUUACCAUCUUUAAGAGCUGCCGAUGCAGCCCUACGAAGGUAUUGGCUCUCUGUACGUCAUCAGGGCACUGUGCCUAUGAACAAGCUUUUUGUGGAGAUGUUGGAGUCACACAUGCGGUGAAUGGGAACUAUGAUUAAUUCUCAAUCACUCUUCUGUUGUAAAACAAUGCUUAUUUAAACAUGAAAUGAUGAUUUGGCAAGGAGGUCAUCACUGGUGAAAAGUGCAUUAAACAGUAGACUGAAGGAUAAGGCAAAUGAUUCCUCCUCACCAGGUAAUAUGGUCUGCUGAUGGCUAGAACAAAGAUCUUGGUCUCAAAGUCUUCCAAGAGAGGAGUCACAGUGCAAGAACUUCCUAGAUCCAAUGGGAUGCCAAAGGAGCAGAAAGUGUCAUUCUUUUCAGCCUCAAGGGGCUUUUAUCAGAGGCGAAUUGGCCUGCAAUGUUCAUGGUGUUAGGAAAAAGAAGGACGUGUUGAAGUGAAGUUAAAGUGUUGCAGGGUGAUUUUUUAUUUUUAUUUUUUUCAAUUAUAGAGAAAUGGCUAUAUUACCCUGGGAGGAAAAGCUGCCAUUUUGCCGCACACUCAGGUACUGUUGGCAAUUGUGUUCAAAACAAAAAAAAAAAGAAUUUUAAUAUCUUUGAUCAUGACCAGAAUUUGACCUUAACAUGAGUUUUGAUCCUCUGUAAAUAUAUAUCUGUUGUUUCAUGGUACUCCCACCGGGCAGCAACAUAAUUGAUGAUGUUGUUGCCAUAUGCAAUCAUUUGUGACAUGGUCAGCGAAUUUGAACAAUGGACACACUAUGUAGAUGCAAAUGUCUGUGUUUUGAUCAGGAUAAUAGAUAUAUAGGAUCGACUUCCAAGAGGAUCCACAGCUCAUUUUUGCUGAUCUCACCUCAGUUGUUGGCAGUUGACACUGGAUAAUGCCACUCCAACUGUGUUUUCAAAAACUGAAGUCACUGCUAAAAACAAAAAAGAAAAAAGAAAAAAAAAUUGUGUUGAUAAACUGUACAUAUUCUACUUCUUUGUAUCUCAAAGGCAUAGGCCUGCAUAACAGUACAACUGCUUAAGUAAGAGAAAUCAAUUAAAAAUUUUGUGUGUUGUCUGUUUACUAGUAAAUGUGAAGUUGUGAUGUCUUUCUACGUUACAUCAAUAUGUCCUUUAGAUGUCGGAGGGAAAGACUAUGACAUUGAGAGUCUUUAGGCUAUCAGGUGCUAAGGUUCAAUUUUUCUUCUUCUUUUCCUUCUUCAAAAAACAAAAAACAAAAAAGAAGAAGAAAACCCAGAGAGUAAACCUUGUGAUCUACUCUUUUAUUUCUAUUUUGUGAUGAACCAAACAGGGCUUCAUUUUGUGUUGACUUUAAGCAUAAUUCUGCCUUAGCUUUUUGGUCUAAAUCUGAGAAACUUGUAUUAGGUAGGAACAAAGUGUCCUCCUCGCAUACCUUUACAAAGACUUUAACCAGUUUUGAAUUGUCUUCCUUCCUUAUUAUCGUUAUUGUUAUUAUUGAAAUCAUUAUUGUGAUUAUUAUUAUGAUUUUUUAUGUCUUCCUCCUCUGUGUCAUGAUGUACACUUUACAGCAUGCCAUUAUUCUCCAUGAUGACUUUUGUAGUGAAGAGAAAAAACAACAAUAUAGCAAGGAAAGGAAUAACUAACAAGAAAAAUGAGGACACCAUUGUACAAUCACAGAUAGAAAUCCUUCUGAACUGGGUAGAAAUGGUAGCUUAUAUUGAUGAAUGCACAGGAUUAAAUGCUUGUGUGUUGCAUGAUAAAUAACCUUAGGAUGUAAUAGUGUUCAAAUUAUACAGUUCCUUGAAAUUACUAGCAUAUGGUGCACACAACCUCUAUUAUCUUAUUAGGUGCUGGUCAGCAGCCUGAUGGCCAGCAGAAAUCACUCAGGACCUAGAAACCUUAUUUUAACAUAAAUAUUCCACUUCAUUAACAUGACACGAAGACCUUCAAUAGUGAAUUUAAUCUUUACCACCUUUAAAAAGUUCACUGACUGUGUGAAGUUAGCAUGGGUAGUAUUACAACUCAAAUAUGUACAUCUGACCAUUUUAGGUUACUGAUGAUCUAUUGUAAAGCCAGAUAUGUGAAUAUUGAAGUUAUUAUUGACAAUUGGCAAGGUGUGAGAUAUUUGGUUGAUGCAUUACAGGAAGUGUGUGAAUAUCUGAGAUUUUAUGUAUAUCAAAAAGAAAUGUUUGAAAUGACCAAAUGACACUGGCAUUAAAACAAAAUAAUGGACAAAACAGAAUAUCUCCAAAAUUGCUGUCAGUGGUUGUAUAUUAAUCUAAUUCUCAAAAUGAUGUAUAAAGAUCUGUGAUUAGCAUGAUAGUUUGGCUUCUUAUAGGUCAUGGUAGUUAUGUGGUUGCUGUAAAUAUUAUAUCAUGUAUUCUCCAGUAUGACAGUGCUAAAAGUUUCAAGAAGAUUUGCAACUUCCUUUUACUGCUAAUUUGCAGAAGAAAAAAACAACUUUCAUAGAUGUCUGUGAUUUGCAAUGAUAUAAUGAUGUUGUCAUAAUAUAACUACUUUGAAUUUUUUUUUUUGGUAAAAAUGUUGAUUAUUGGCUGCUGUUUGUUUUUCAUCAACAAAUCACCAUUUUUCCAUAUGUCUAGAAAGAACAAUAAUACUCACUUUAAGAACAAACAAAUCAGAAGUAAUGAAAGAAUCAGCAUAUUAUAUGACAGAUUAGCCAAGCUAUUUAAAGCAGGGGAAGAAAUAUGUAUAAUAAUAAAAUUAUCCACAUUAGAAGUUGCUCUAAAGUUGUAUGGUAUUACAAAUUGUUAACAAAUUUAAAUUUAUAUUUCAGUGACAACUAUGCCUCAUAGUAUAUAUUGGUAUACAUUAUUGUUACAAAUUUAAUCAAAAAGUUUUAAUAAACAUUUGCAUACAAGAUUGGACAUGUUUCCUAGUGAAAUAAAACAAAUAUAUAUAUA